AUGAGUGAAUAUGAAAUAUUACGAAAAAAUUAUUUACGAUCAAAUUCUACAAGGAAAACUUAUUCACCAGAUUCAAAUAAUGAAUUUGAAGAACUUAUUGAUGAUAGAAAUCCUUCCAUGAUGAUUGAUAAUAAUGUUAUAAUGAAAACACCUCAAUCUCUUGAUGAUCUUCUUGAUGUUGAUGAUAAUAACAAUCAAAAUGAGGAAGAUAAAGAAGAGAAUGAAAAUAAUAAUAAUAAUGACGAUGACGACGAUGACGAUGAUGAUGAUGAUGAUGACAAUGAUUCAACGCAUUUAAGCGUUGAUGAUCCAAAUACAACAGAACAAACAAAACAAAAGAAAUCUAUCGAGAAAAAUGGUAAGAUUUAA